AUGGCGGUUGCACAACUGAAAGCAAAGGCUUGUCUUAUUUGUAUUGAUGGCUGGGGUAUAGCCGAUGCUGACCACAUUGAUGGGAAUGCUAUUCAUGCAGCUAACACACCGUGGAUGGAUAAAUUAGCCAAAGAAUAUCCGUACACUACAUUAAAAGCCCACGGAUCGUCAGUCGGUUUGCCGGAUGGUUUAAUGGGUAAUUCUGAAGUUGGACAUUUGAAUAUUGGUGCUGGUCGCGUGGUUUAUCAGGAUAUUGUCAGAAUUGAUUUGGCCGUCAAAAACAAGGCAUUUGUCAAGAUCGAUAACAUCGCCAGAUCAUUUGACCAUGCAAAGAAUGGAAACGGGAGAAUUCACUUUUUGGGUUUGGUCUCUGAUGGUGGCGUGCACAGCCACAUCAAUCAUUUAUACCACCUCUUAGAAUCGGCAAAAAACUAUGGUGUACCCAAAGCUUAUGUCCAUUUCUUUGGUGACGGACGUGACACAAAUCCUCGCUCAUCAAACAAAUAUCUCGAGAAACUCCAGAAUUAUAUAAAUGAUAUAAAUUAUGGCGAGGUUGCCACUAUCGUGGGUCGGUAUUAUGCCAUGGAUAGAGAUAAGAGGUGGGAGCGUGUAAAAAUUGCUUUUGAUGCUUUGACCCUGGGGGUUGGUGAGAAAUCUCGAAAUCCGUUGUCGACAAUUGAAGAACGUUUCGGAAAAGACGAAACCGACGAAUUCUUGAAACCUAUAAUUGUUUCCGAUGAAGGACGUAUUCGAGAUGGAGAUACUCUGUUCUUCUUCAAUUAUCGUGCUGAUCGUAUGCGUCAAAUUGUGCAAACUUUUGGAAUAUCACCACCGCCAUUUGAAGCAGAUGAUAUUACAUGUAUGACCAAAUAUAAAAGCGAAUACUCAUUUCCUGCUGCGUUUCCUUCACAAAUCAUGGACAAUGUUUUAGCAGAAUGGCUUGGAAAGAACAAGAUUCCACAAUGUCACUGUGCAGAAACCGAAAAAUACGCCCACGUAACCUUCUUUUUCAACGGUGGCGUUGAAAAACAAUUUGAUCUCGAACACCGCGAACUAAUUCCCUCCCCCAAAGUUGCAACCUACGAUCUAAAACCCGAAAUGUCAGCCGCCGGAAUCGCCGACAAAAUGAUUGAACAAAUCUCAUCUGGCAAGUUUCCGUUUGUGAUGUGUAAUUUCGCGAAUCCGGAUAUGGUGGGACAUACUGGUGUUUACAAGAUGACGGUGAAAGCUGUUGAGGUUACUGACGAGUGUAUUGGACGUAUUUAUGAAGCAUGCGAGACGCAUGGGUAUACCUUGUUUGUUACUUCUGAUCAUGGAAAUGCGGAGCAGAUGGAAGAUGAUAAAGGGAAUCCUCAUACUGCGCAUACUUGUAAUCCAGUUCCAUUCAUUAUGACAUCAAAAACUUACAAAUUUGUGGAGAACGCCGAUGGAGCUUUAUGUAGUGUUGCUCCCACAAUUUUAGAUGUAUUGGGUCUUGAGAUUCCAAAAGAAAUGGAUGGUGGAUCACUUUUGACAAAAUAA